CAGCUGCUGUUGCCGCUGCUGCUGCUCUGGCCGAGGCUUCAGUUGGAAGCAAGAUGCCACAGUGGCUGGUCAUCGGCAUCUCGGGUGUCACCUGCGGCGGCAAGACGACGCUGGCGAAAAGUUUGCGCGACUAUUUCAAGGGUUUGCGCAACGCCCCACUGUGGAACACACCGUAUACCAUUGGCGAGGUGCAGCUCAUUUCGCAGGACGACUACUUUCUGCCCGUCGACGAUAGACGCCAUAAGCGCGUCGAGAAACUGAAUGCCAUCAACUUUGAGCUAAUCACCUCGCUGGACACCAAGCAAAUGCUGGCCGACAUAGCGCACAUCAUCAACGGGCCCACGGAACAGAUCGCUGCCUACGCCAACUUCGAGCACUACGCGCUGCAGUACCAGCAGCAGCAACAGUUGCAGCAGCAGCAGCAACAGUUGCAGCAGCAGCAGCAGCAAUAUAAUGCGGCAUAUUAUCAGCUGCACAAUGGCAAACAAUUGCCUCCGGCUGUCUAUCAAUAUCAGCCGCAGCGACAGCCACAGCAGCAACAGUUGCAGGCGCAGCAGCAGCAACAGUUGCUGGCGCAGCCUCAUCACCGGCAGCAGCAGCAGGCGGAUCAUCUGAUGCGUCUCAAUAUCAAUGCACAGAUUGCCGCCCAGCUGCGCGAUAAGAAAAUCAACGUGCUGCUAAUUGAGGGCUUCAUGAUCUUCAAUCAGCCCGAGCUGCUGGCGCUCUGCAAUCUCAAAUAUCACUUCCAUUUGCCGUACGAGAAGUGCUAUCAGCGUCGCAUCCAGCGGACUUACGAUCCGCCCGAUGUUACCGGCUAUUUUGAGCUGUGCGUUUGGCCCUACUACGAGAAGAACUAUGCCGAGUAUCGGGAUUGCAAGGAUAUUACCUUUCUCAAUGGCGAGAUUAGCAAGGAGAAGAUCUUCAAGUUUGUGCUGCAGCGUAUUGUACACUAUUUCGAGGAGCGUUGCGAUGUGCCCACCGUCGCCGUCGCGGCAGCAGCUGCUGCUGCCACAUCUCCGAUUGCCUGUCCGCCGCACCAGAAGCGAUUCGGCAUGCUCUACAUGGCGGCGGCCACGGGGGCGACAGCGGCGGCGACGUGUCCCAUGGAACAGUAGCCAAAAGGAAACUAACCUAGAUAUAAAAACCAUGUACAUUUAAAUCCUAGUUGAACCCUGGAAUUAUGCAUCCUUCACUAAUCUUAAGCUAGCUUAAAAUGCGACACAUUCUCUCUAGAGUCUAGAAAAUAAAUCUGGUUCAGGAAUACAUUUAGCUGUGCUAACUAUAUAAACUAUAUAUAUAGAAAGAAGGAUAACAAAAUCACAUGAAUGAAAUUCAAUAUAUAUUAGCAUUAAAUAUAUUAGACCCUAAAAGAAAUAUUUAAGUCGGCGGUUUGGAAAGCGUAUUAACCAAAUGUAAAUAUUAUCUGUAUAAACUAUAAACUAUAGUUAUUUUUUUUCUUGUGCGAAGCAAAACACACCGAAUUAAAGUAUACACUAAACGCCUGGACGAAAAGAGCCGAAACCACA